CUGAAGGCACCGUGGAACAAGAGGGAAAAAAAAGGAAGAGAUCCACGUCGUCUCCUGCAUCGUAACGGUCCGGUCCGGUCGAGUAAUGGUCUCGGUGUGUCCACUUAUUCCAAGAAGCGGGUAAAUGUGUUCAUAGUGGCUGGGACGCUGGAAUAAAAGCAACUAGACUCGUAUUUGGAUAAUACAGAGAGGACUAAAAUGGAGCUGGAAGACGGAGUUGUGUACCAGGACGACCCGGGGACAUCAGCGAUGAUGUCUGAGCGGGUAUCGGGCCUGGCUAACUCCAUUUACCGCGAAUUUGAGAGGCUCAUCGGGAAAUAUGACGAGGACGUGGUGAAGGAGCUCAUGCCACUGGUGGUGGCCGUCUUGGAGAACCUCGACUCGGUGUUCGCAGAGAACCAGGAGCACGAAGUGGAGCUGGAGCUUCUAAAGGAGGACAACGAGCAGCUCAUCACACAGUAUGAGCGGGAGAAAGCACUGAGGAAACACGCAGAGGAGAAGUUUAUUGAGUUUGAGGACACGCAUGAACAGGAGAAGAAGGACCUACAGAACCAUGUGGAUAGAAUGGAGUCACACUCGCGGCAACUUGAACUCAAGAUCAAGAAUCACGCUGACCAGAUCGGCAGGUUAGAAGAGCGAGAGGUGGACCUCAAGAAGGAAUACAACUCCCUCCAUCAGAGGCACACAGAGAUGAUCCAUAAUUACAUGGAGCACGUAGAGCGGAUCAAAAUGCAGCAGAGUUGUGAAUCAUCUGAGCCAAGCAGCGUCAGUCGAGUUCGGAGAGAACGUCCUCUUUCUUUGGGCAUAUUUCCAACAUCCGCUGGUGGGUCUCUGCUAAUUCCGGACUCCCAGACCCGUGCAGAGACACCAAGUGCAGAGAGCUGGCGGUUCUCCGACACGACACAAACUCGGUCCAACACUAGCCUCCAGCAGGACUUUGCCAACCCCCCAAGGGAAAGGGGGGUUAAGAGUGCGCAAGACUCUACUUGGGGGAUUUCACUGGCUGACGACUGCAAGGAUGAGAUGUCGGACUUCACUGGCUCUAAGUCGGGGACACCAAUGUCCACUACAGCGUCUGAUGUUGGGAGGGAAGAUAAGAGCACAGAAGUGCAAGCUGCACCAGGGACCAGAUCUGUAUCAGUUGGUUUGCCUGAUAAUGAAGACAGCGCUGACGUGCAGGACAUUAUUGAGUCCACACCUGAGCUAGACAUGGAUCUGACUGGCUACAAGGGAUGCAGUACUCCAACCAAAGGCAUUGAGAAUAUGGCAUUUGACCGCAACACAGACUCUUUGUUUGAAGAGCUGUCGUCUGCAGGCACAGGGCUUAUCGGGGAUGUGGAUGAAGGUGCUGACCUGCUGGACCUUAGUUUGAUUGGUAUGGGUCGGGAAGUGGAAAAUCUCAUCCAGGAGAAUUCUCAACUGCUUGAGAGAAAGAAUGCCCUGAACGUAGUGAACAAAGACUUGAUAUUGAAAGUGGAUGAGCUGACGUGUGAGAAGGAGAUGCUUCAGGGUGAGCUGGAAGCUGUUCAGCAGGCUAAAUCAAAGAUGGAGGACAAAAACCGAGAAUUGGAGGAGGAACUCAAAAAAGUGCGAAUUGAGCUGGAGGAGGUUCUUCAGAAAGCAAAAGAAGAAGAAGAUAGUGAUGUACCUACAGCCCAGAGGAAACGAUUCACCAGGGUGGAAAUGGCAAGGGUGUUGAUGGAAAGGAACCAGUACAAAGAGAGACUGAUGGAGCUACAGGAAGCUGUGCGGUGGACAGAAAUGAUCCGGGCGUCAAGGGAAAAUCCAGCUCUUACAGAGAAAAAGAAGUCCAGCAUCUGGCAGUUCUUCAGCAGACUUUUCAGCUCCUCAUCCAGCACCCCUGCCAUUAAGAAGAUUGAGCCACAGUCCAACGUAAAAUACAAUGCUCCGGGCAGCAUGGUGAAACGAAGCAGCACGUUCUCCCAGUUCCCGACAGAAAAAUCCAAAACUUUCGACUUCCUCAAUGAAGAAAAAGACCAAUGCAGUUCACCGUCACGCAAAGAGCAGAAGCGAGCCCAAUACAGACAGGUGAAAGCGCACAUGCAGAAGGAGGACGGUCGAGUCACUGCUCACGGCUGGAGUCUUCCCAGCAAGUUCAAGGGGACAAAUGGUGGACACGCAGAAAACAAAAUUAACCUGCCUGUGCCUGUGUAUUUAAGACCUUUGGAACAAAAAGAUGCUUCUUUGAAGUUGUGGUGUGCUGCUGGCGUUAACCUCUCCGGGGGUAAAACGUCACACCUGUCUGAGCUCGCAAAGCAAAUGAAGGGAUCUCAGGGUAGCCUGGACCAUUUGGAGCAAGAAAGCAAGGAUCAAGAGAAAAUUGACGAGCUGGUCCUUCAUGAUGAAUUCUCCAGUCGAGUGUGGGUGUGCACCAGCACCCACUCAUCUACCAAAGUCUUGGUGGUGGAUGCUGCUCAACCGGCAGACCUUGUUGACAGCUUCUAUGCCUGCAACACGCACGUCGUUUGCAUUGCCAGUGUGCCAGGUGUGUCGGAGUCCGAUUACCCAGCAGGGGAAGAAUUACCUCAAGAUGUGGAUGCAAAUCAGGGUGACGUGGUCUCACUGGCUGGUAGCGUGGCUAGUGUAGGUUCAGCAGGCAGCGACGGCACCCUGGCACCUGAGGGGACCACUGCCAUCCCUCAGACAGCCAGCACAGGUGGUCUUGACCAGCCGGCGGAGCACAGCGCCAUCCCGGGCUCAGCUGAGCUGUCCAGACAGGCAAGCCCAGCAGAGGUUCCUACUGCCGAAGAGGCUACAGAAGCAACAGAGGCAAAUGCUGGCGAGAGUGAAGAGGGAGAGGAGGACCAGGGACCUGAGCAAAAUCAGCCCGGCAUCUACACAGAGCAUGUUUUCACGGACCCGCUGGGUGUGGGGCCCAAUGAGUCCUCUCCUACUUAUGUACAAAGCGGCUCUGUGACAUCCUUGCCAGAAGACUCUGACCCUUCAGUUCUUGAAGUCAAGAGGAUGAGCAGUGCCCUACCCACCAUGUGGCUGGGAGCGCAGAAUGGAUGUUUGUAUGUCCACUCCUCAGUAGCUCGAUGGCGGAAAUGCCUUCAUGCCAUCAAGCUGAAAGACUCCAUCCUCAGCAUAGUGCAUGUUAAAGGCAGAGUCCUGGUUGCACUAGCGGAUGGAACAUUAGCCAUUUUCCACAGAGGCAUUGAGGGGCAGUGGGACCUUACUAAUUACCACCUGUUGGAUCUUGGACGGCCCCACCACUCAAUCCGCUGCAUGACCGUGGUCCAUGAUAAAGUGUGGUGCGGCUACAGGAAUAAGAUCUAUGUCAUCCAGCCUAAAGCCAUGAGGAUAGAGAAGUCGUUUGACGCGCACCCGCGCAAGGAGAGUCAGGUUCGACAGCUGGCCUGGGUUGGAGAUGGCAUCUGGGUUUCUAUCCGACUGGAUUCCACACUUCGAUUGUUUCAUGCCCACACUUUCCAGCAUCUCCAGGAUGUGGACAUUGAGCCAUAUGUCAGCAAGAUGCUCGGAACGGGUAAACUGGGUUUCUCUUUUGUGAGAAUCACAGCUUUGGUGGUGUCUUGCAGCCGUCUCUGGGUUGGGACUGGAAAUGGCGUCAUAAUUUCCAUCCCACUGUCUGAAGCCAACAAGACAUCAGCAACGGUGCCAAAUUGGCCUGGCAGCGCCGUACGAGUUUAUAGUGACGACACCGCAGAGGGUGCUCUACCAGCUAGCUUUGUGCCAUACUGCUCCAUGGCCCACGCCCAGCUCUGUUUCCAUGGCCAUCGAGAUGCAGUCAAAUUUUUUGUCACAGUGCCAGGUCAGGCAAUGCCACCUCCCGGAUGUGCUGAUUCAGGCUCUGAUGACCCACCGUCUGAAUCUUCGGACACAGCAGUGUCGGAGCCCAAAACGUACCUAGUAAUGAGUGGAGGAGAGGGGUACAUUGACUUCAGAAUGGGUGACGAGAGCGGCGAGUUGGACGGCACGUCUGAGCCGACGUCAGGCCAGCAGUCGGCGCCGACCAAGGCUGAACGGAGUCACCUUAUCGUCUGGCAGGUGGCGACCUCUCAAGAUUGAGCAAACGGCACUUUCGCAACAUCUAACCGCACGUCUACACCACAAGCCCGCAUGCGCAAGUUGUUUUUACUGGAUAGGAUUUUUGAGUCAUUCGCUCCUUUGUAAAAAAAAAAAAAAAAAAAAAGACCAAAAAACCCAACAAUUAUUUUUUAUCAGUAUUUUUUUGUACAGUUUAUUCCAGAGGUCAAGUAGGGAUGUUGUCAAACAAUACGUCCAGAACUCUUUUGUUGGAACUGCAGGCUGGAAACAUUGCACACAGCUAUGAAGAGUGUGGACAAUUUGAACGGGUCACCUGUUGACUUCAAUUUUCACACCGAAAGACACUAAAGGCAUUUCUGCAGACAUUGGAAGAAAGGGAGAAGGAACCUUUUUAUUUAAUCUGGCCUAUUAUUUCAUAUUAUACAUGUCUCUGUGUGAGAGCUCAGGUGUGUAUGUGUUUUUGUGUUUAUAAUUUGUUUAACAUUGUUCACAAUUCUUAAUCAGUGGUGGGUUUAGCUCAGGGGUUCUCAAACUGCUAUAAAUCGGGCUCCAAUUCCAUGAAAUUAUUUGCAACAAAUCAUCAAAAGUUGGCCUAUAUGCUUACAGAUGGGGAAGAGCACGCCAAUAAAACUGUAAACUCAACACUUUCCCCCACAUUAAAAUGAUGUGUCAUCCUCCUGAAUCUCACUUGGCACGCAAUAUCUCGCUACAUUUUGAUAAAAAAUUGUCAUGCCCGUUAAACCGAAACUGACUAAAGUGAGAAAAUACAAAAAAUUACAGUAAUUUGAAAUGAAAAAACAAUUACUGUUGCAUUUAGGGGUAUGUGGUAGUUACAGUAGGCCUGCCUUUGAUAACAUUACAAUAAAAUUGGGUUGAGCCGAGAAUUGUUUGUGAACCCCUAAGCUUCACUCCUUAACUGAACUGCUGCGGGUGGUAACCCAAUUAGGGUUACUCAAAAAUAAUUUCAAAUAGGAUAGAAGAUGGAUAGGACCAAACUGUACUGCUUGAUGAAACUAGAACUCAUACGAUCUGUACUGGGUGUCGCCAUGAAAUAUAUCUACCAAGUUGAAAUACAAUAAAAGAAUUAUCUGAGAUAUGAAAGUACUGUGACUGAUUAGAAGUAAGAUUCAAAGUAAGAAAAAAAAGCAGCAGUGUGUAAUGAGUGGUGCAAAAAAUGUUAAUGCUCUAAUGUUAAAUGUGCUUUGUGUUUGCUGUACUCGUAAAGUAAGGCUGUUACUUAAAAAAAAAAAGAUUUACAAGUGGGCUUUUUGGGUGGUCGGCUUAUAGUGGUAAAAUGGUGUAUAUUUUCAUUUUGACGAGAGGAAAUGUGUCACAAUCAUGGUGCUUCCUGUUCCUGUUUCAUGGGCACUUUAGCAUGACCGAUUGGGCGACCAAACAAUACACACCACUGUUCUGCGUGCCAAUACAGUGUAGAAAGGUGUCAUCCCAAUAACAAAAUGAUGACUGAACUAAGAGCUUGAAAAGGACUUUGUUAAUAUGUUGAAACCGUCUCGAAAUACAAAAAGGUCUGUGUGCUUGUUCGUGUCAAAUCAACUUGAAAAGGACAUUUUUGUCAAAUGUAAUAUUUUAAUGUGGCACCUUCUAGUGGAAAUGCACACGUCACUAAAGAUACUAGUGUGCAGCAGCAUUCCUUCUGUAGAGGAAUUAUUGUAAUGUUUGCUUUGGGCAUUGUUUUGUAUUCAUCUUUAAAUUUUUGAAGUAUGUGUUGAUGACUGUAAAAUGUUUUCAAGACUUGUUUUAAUUUCUGGAAGAGCAGGGGAAAGACUGCUCUUUUUCUCCUUGGUCGGCAUUCAAAAUGAUCAUUCUGUGUUUUUACCAUUCCAGUAUUUAUUUGCUUUGUAACAGAGCCUAUCUUGGUUCCGAAUGUAACUUUUUAUCAAACCAGACUAUUGUGAAUAAUGCUAUGUGAUGAGUUUACAUGAUUGUUAAUUUUAAAGCAGUUAAAAAAAAAAAAAAAGCUUUUUUUUUUUUUUUUUAGCCAUAAGUUCAAAUUUUGUCAACGGUAACAAAUUAUUUUGACAUCAAUGCACUAAACUAUGCUUGUUUUGUAAGACAACACUGCAAUGUCAUUGGCUCUUUGAUGCCACCAUUUUUGGUAGGAUGGAUGUGUGUGUAAAAAGUGAGACAUGCAUGUAAGUUUGGAUGCAAAACACAUUUCUCCAUCAUACAACUGUGCGUGUGUUGGCUCUGUGUAGUGUUUUUCCAUCUUAAAAAAAGAAUCUCUGGAUGCCAUCACAGUUUUCCUCCUGGUCAGUAUAGCAAAAUGAACAUCAUAGCCUUAUUUUUAACAAUCUAUUAAACUCAAUUUCACCAAGAUCUUGCCACUGUCCCAUCUUUUUGCCAAUCCGUCCUUAUUAGCUGUUUCGAUAUACUAAAUGGUCUCUACACUGAUUGCUUUAAAAGUUAGAACUAAAUCUUGAAAGGUAUCCAUAGCUUCAAAUGAACCAUUAAGUUCUGAGAAAAAAAAAAAAAAAAAAAAACAGGAUUUUUUUUCAGUAAUGCAUUUUUGAUGAUUUUGUGCAUCAGAAUUACUCCGUCACCAUUUUGAAAUAGCAGAAGUAAAGAAAGUAUGAGGUCUCAUGAGUGUCU